GAGGGGCCGUGUGUUUCUGCUCUAGAUGUCUCAAGCUUGCCUCUUCUUCUCCCCAGCUCUGCUGCUGCGGCCCCUAACAAAAGAUUCCACAGUCUCUCGGCUGCUGCGCAUUAUGCAGUUUCUUUCGAGAAUUGAGGAGGGAGAGAACCUAGAUUGCACCUUUGAUAAAGAGUCAGAGCUUACCCCCCUUGAAUCAGCAAUCGGUGUGCUGGAGCUGAUUAAUCGAGAAUUUCCUGUGUCUGCGGUGACAAUGGAAUCUGUUAGAAAAAUGGUGAAAGAAGCUGCUGUUAUCAUUUGUAUUAAAAAGAGAGAGUUUGAUAAAGCCGCAAAAAUUCUGAAAAAAAUCAUGGCAAAGGAUCCUAACACCCAGAAACUGAGGACAGAGUUGCUCAGCAUUAUCCGUGAGAAGAAUUUGUCUCAUACGAUGAUCCGAAAUUUUUCCUACAAAGCUUUUCAACAGAGUGCGUUCCAGUUCUUGGAGACCUACCUGGAGGAUUCAGAGCCCUUUCUCUUGACGAUGGCGAAACAGACUUUGAAUUCCGAAUGUACUGAUGACCCUAAGCAGCUGGCAACCACGCCAGAGCCCGUGGAAGUGGCUAAGCAGCCAGCAGCAACAGCGCCAGAGCCCGCGGAAGUGGCUAAGCAGCCAGCAGCAACAGCACCAGAGCACGCAGAAGUGGCUAAGCAGCCAGCAGCAACAGUGCCAGAGCACGUGGAAGUGGCUAAGCAACCAGUGGCAGUGGCUUCAGACAAUAUGGAAAUGCUUUCAAAGAACUCUGAGAGGCAGCCCCUUGGAUCUGUAACCUCAUAUGGGAUUUCUGCUCUGAGAGAAGCUUUCAAGACCUUGUCAGAUUCCCAAGAUUCUGAUGCAGCCUUUACCAAAUUGGAUGAAACCGACUUUUCUUUCCCCAAGCAAUUGUCCCCUUCUGUAUCCCACAGACUCAAGAGACAGAGAGACGAAGAAACUCUGCCCUUGGAGACUUCUGGGACCUCAGACAUUCCUAAACCAUUUCCAAAGAGUAAACGCUUGUUGACUAUAAGCAGACUGGUUAUGGAGCAGGACAGCCAGAGCUCUGAGCUGAAUGAGAUUCCAGACUCGUCCCAGGAGCCAGUGGUAUCGUCUGCAUCCAGGCCUCUUGUUCAAAAGCCAUAUGUUCCACUUCCGUCGUCCAGCAGUCCCAAGCUGCAGAAAGCAAGAUUGAACACCUCAAAUGGACAAGAAGAAAAGGACACGUGGAGUGACGAAGAUGAGCUCUUCCUGGACAAAGGAUCCCCUGGGAGAAAUAGCCACACGUCUUCAGUCUUUGGUUCCAAGAAGCAGAGAUGGACUGUGCAGGAAAGCGAGUGGAUCAAAGAAGGAGUGAAGAAGUUUGGAGAAGGAAACUGGAAAAUCAUUUGCCAAAAGUUCCCCUUUGAGAACCGCACUUCAGUGAUGAUUAAGGAUCGUUGGCGGACCAUGAAAAAGCUGGGACUCCAUUGAAAACAGCAGUGGAGGGAACUCUUUGAGUGACACUUACUCUUGUUUCUCUCCAAAAGAUGGACCAAGGCAGCAGCUGCCACGCAAGUGGGGCUGUCCAAGCCCCCUCCCUGCUGGCCGGAUAGGAAUGAUGUGGAGAGUUGGGGUAGCGGCUUGGCAGAGCUGAGUGCUGCCACUGGGAAGAAGCGAAGUUUAACUAGAACUCGGGAAACCUUCCUAGUUCUCUUGCUUUGCCAGAGUCACUGAAUAGGCCCGUCAAUGGGUGCAGGGAGCCUGAGUAACGAUGGACUGUGCCAUAAAAGCGCUGUGGUGCUGAUGCUUUGUACGUGUUUAGAAACAGCCACGAUUCCAGCAGCCUUUGCCCGGUGAGCAGGAGAGCUGGAACCAGGGAUUGCAGAUGUCGGCUGGACGGCAGGGCAGUCCUAUCACCGAGUGUUAUAGCUCGUUUUUAAUUUUCUUAACCCAGUUGUGAAUCACUUGGCAGACCAGUCUUCAUAUGCUCUUCACUUCAGCCUGGAGGGGCAAGCACCAGUGUAGGCUGAGCUGCUGCCAAGUUGCACUGGAAGAACUCUGGUUUCCUGGCAAGGUGACCGGUGUUUGUUUUCACGUUUCUUAUUGAACUUUUUUAUAUUCUGAGAGGGGAUUUUUCUUUUCUUUUUUGAUGCUUUACAAAUAGAUGUUUUGUCUUUGUGCUCAUUAGUUUCUAGGCUGUUUAGAGCUAGACGUCACCAAGUUAAAAGUUGCACUUUUCAGUUGGUUUGACUUUA